UUACUUGCACAAAACCUUUUAAAAGUUACCUUACACAUUCCUGUUGAUCUUAUUUCAGCUAGAGCGGAGCCUAUCCGACUGUUGCUGGCCGAUCAAGGGGCCUCCUGGACGGAGGACGAAGUUCAGUUGAAUGAUUGGUGGUCUGGAAAAUGUGAACUGAAGAAGACUGCUGUCUUUGGACAACUGCCUCGAUUUCAAGAUGGAGACUUUGUUCUGUAUCAGAGCAAUACUAUCCUGAGGUACCUUGGACACAAAUUAGGAAUUGCUGGCAGUAACAGCCAAGAAAUUGCACUUAUCGACAUGGUGAAUGAUGGCGUGGAGGAUCUAAGGCAGAAAUACAGCCGCUUGAUUUUUUUGGAAUAUGAAACUGGGAAGGAGAAAUACUUGAAGGAUCUAUGUAAUCAGCUUUCACCAUUUGAAAGGAUACUUUCUAAUAAUGCAAAUGGAACCAAAUUUGUAGUGGGAGAUAAGAUCUCAUAUGCUGACUACAAUCUCCUGGACAUGCUUCAUUGUCACCUUGACCUUGACCCAAAAUGUUUAGCUUCCUUCCCUCUCCUCUCAGCUUACAUUCAACACCUUGCCACCCGUCCAAAGUUGAGUGGAUAUCUGAAAUCAGAGAAACGCAACAAGCGUCCUAUUACCCCUAAACACAAAUGA